AUUGGAAUUUGGAUAGUUCGAUUGUCGACUGUCACAGUGUCAUGUCGAUUUAAUUUUUUGCAGUAAGGUGGACUGUUGGUGUGCGGAAUUGAUUAUUUUCAAUAAAAUAGAAGCUUAUUCUUGCAUUUAUUAUUUAUAAAACGAUAAACAUGUCUUCGUAUAAGCCAAUUGACUCAAAAAGAGAAGAAUUUAGACGUUAUUUAGAACGUGCAGGAGUAAUGGACGCACUUACAAAGGUUCUUGUGAGCCUUUAUGAAGAGCCAGAUAAACCAGAAGAUGCCCUUGAAUAUGUGCGUAAACACCUUGGUACAGACGGAGGUGAAGAUGAAUUGGAGGCAGCAAAGGCCCGCAUAGCUGAGUUGGAAGCCGAAAACGCUAUGCUUAAAGGAGAGUCAGCGCCAACAGAAGGCUGAUUCAUAAUUAGUUUUACUAUUUGUUGAUCUCAAUGUGAAAUGAUCUCAAUAACUCUUGUUGAUUCUAAAGAAAUAUAUGAGAUAUAUGUAUAUAUUUUAUUUGUUAAAGAAUAAGAUGUUUAAGUUUAUGUGCUGGAAGCACGAAAGUUUAUGUUUCUGUAUUCUAAUUUGAUUAAGUUUCUACUCAUUAUAUAUUCCAGGCUCUAGAACAAUAUUUUUUAUACUAAGUUGUGCCAAAUGCACAAAUAUUUUGGGUUCGCUUAUUUCAAUUGAAUAGUUUUAAGGUUGAGUUACAGAAUUUUUAGAAUAUUGGUGUUGCAUUUAUCUUCCUAGAACAUUAUAGAUACAAAAUUAUCAGGUUACAUCCUGUUUUCUUAUAACUAUUAAAAUAAUGAGGUAAUUGCAUAAUCUUUAACACAAUAAGGAAGUGACCUGAAAUACUCUUAACUCUGUAACAAAAUUGCUUUAACUUCUACUAAUAAAAAAUAUAAUAACAACAAA